CAGGUCCUUGAAGCAAGCUAAGCUUAUCGAGUCGUUUACCGAUAGACACUAAUGUAAAUAACCUGAAACCGAAAAGUAGAACUAUACACACGCUGUGAUAGCUUGUCGCUGUACCUGUGACCUGGUGAUUAAAAAGAUACCAAGGGAAUGACGUCAGUGACUUUCAAGACUAACAACGCGCUGGGAGACUGUCCGGGGAUAAUGCACGGGGACCCCGAGAAAUCUAAAAUGGGCCUCGUGGUGGUGCAGGAAUGGUGGGGAAUGAACGAACAGAUCAUCGCGCGCGGCAACGAGCUCGCGAAAAUGGGUAAUUUCGUCACGAUGGUUCCCGACCUGUACCGUGGUAAGGUGGCAACGGAUCACGAGGAAGCCGGGCACCUAAUGGGUGGUCUUGACUGGGCCGGGGCUGUAGAGGACAUCCGGGGCGCCGCGCUGUUCCUUAUGGGCAAAGGUUGCAGAAAGGUAGGCGUCACAGGCUACUGCAUGGGCGGUGCUUUGAGUAUCGCAGCGGCGGCGCUAGUCGGGGAGCUGUCGGCGGCUGCCCCCUUCUACGGCACCCCGAAGGCGGAGCUCUGUGACGUCAAGACAAUCAACAUCCCGUUACAGGCGCACUUUGGGGAACUGGACAAUAUCGCCGGCUUUUCCGCCCCGGAAGAUGCGCGCGCGUUUGAGGCGGCCAUGGCUGGAAAGAACAAUUUCGAGUUCUUCAUGUACCCAACGGGUCACGGGUUCACCAAUCCGAACAACAAGGAAAAUUACAACAAAGAGUGCGCCGAUCUCGCGCUGUCAAGAACAGUGGAUUUUAUGAAGAAGCAUCUCGGUUCUGCUCGACUCUAAAGGGUGAAAUCGGUGAACUAGUACAGCUAUAACUUUUAGUCGUAGAUAUUUCCUUAACCAAGCAAAGGAACGUCAGACUUUAUUUUCUUGUUGUCAAAUAAAUGUAAGCAUGUACCUGCAAAUAGAAGAACAGUGUAAGAGUUGAGUUGAAGCUCUUUAAGCACGACAGGGCUUCCAAAAACUACAUUGUAUUUCUUUGGUAAGACUGUUACUUAAACAGGGUUUGCAAGGAUAGAAUUAUUUUUUAAACAUUAUUCUAGUUUUGACGUGUGUGUUGUGCUGAGAAUCGGGACUUAUUUUUGUGUUGCUUUUAAGUAGUUGUAUAACUUAUUUUUGUUGAUAAGUAGAUCAGGAAGAAUCAUGGUACAAUGUACAUUUACGGCUACCUAACUAAGGAUUUCUAUGAAUGUCAAGAGCAUUGCAUGCAAAGACGGGACGUCAAUAUAUUAUGAAAAGCAUGGUUUUGUGUGUACGAAAUGCAGAUAACCCGUUCUCGACUGUCUCUCUCAUUUGUUUUUUAUAAUGCUAGAGAUACAUGUUAUUCAAAAUACGUUUACCUUGUGAGAACCAGCGGUUUGUUUUUGAAAGAUGUUUUUUCUAUAGCAGGAUGUUUUACUGUUGGUGCUUUGAUGGUCGGUCGGAUACUAAUAAUAAACGUUAUAAAAGUA